CAUGUUUGAAGGUCUAAGUCAGUACAUACACGAUCUCCAAAGCAUGUUUGAAGGUCUAAGUCAGUACAUACACGAUCUCCAAAGCAUGUUUGAAGGUCUAUAUAACUCAUAUCUCGCACUGAUUCCAUCCCUAUCUCGCCUCCUUUUCGUUGUCCCCCUGGGUGUAGUUGACUUGUUCGCCUUGCCUUGCCUUUCUACCUCGUUACAAAGUUGUUGAGACAUGCCUAUACACUCGUCUCCAUGUAUUACCCCACUUCCCCCCACUGUCUUCACAUCCACAGUUGGUGUCGGUCACGAAGCAGCUGUGCGGUGUGCGAGGCACGGCAGCGGCCGAUUUCUCUCUCUCGCUAAACCGGUUUGUCCAGCAGAUAACCAGUAUAUCUCGUCUGGUGGGUUGUACCCAGGAGACCCUCCAUGCUACCGUCACUACUGCACACCUCAUGGACGCCACUGCCCCGGGCAACUUCCUUCACUCCCCUCUUCAGGAAGAGUCCCAGGUGACUGGGUCAGGGGCAGUGUCUGGCGUUCUCAUCUUCACCGUCCUCUCCGCCCUCAUGGGUCUGGUGAGGGCUGCCUACGAGGAGAAAGAGUGAGUACUUUGCCAGUCUCACCUCCAACAUCCUGCGCAGUGCCCAGCGGGCUCUGGACACCAUUCAACAAACACACGAGUAUGGCUCGCUCCACCUGCAUCCUCUGAGGACCCGUGUGAAGGACAUGGAGCACAAGAUCAAGGUUGCCAUGGACAACCUCAUCAGGAGAGUCAAAAUGGCCGCCUCUCCACAUCCUCUCCCAUAUUUUGUACCGGACAUGUUGCUGUGCAGUCACCAUCUGACGCUGGCCACGCUGGACUACUUGAUGGUGGCCCAGUGUGCCUCUCUCACUCACCGCAUCGUCAUCGUCGGCUGGGAACUCAUGCAGCUGCCCUGGGUCAAAGUCUACGCUGGAUCAGACUCGGGACACGACAGCAAGUCGGAGGCCACUGGGUGUACGGUGGCCGAGCAGCUCAGCUCCAUCUCUGACUCGCCUCCAGCACGGGGGACUCCGGAGUACCCCAGAGGAAGGAGAAGGCAGUGGAGUAUCGUCCGUCUCGUAUCCCCCGCAACGAGAGGGGUAUGGCCUCCAGAAGGAGGGUGGAGGACGGGGAGGAAGAGGAGGAGGAGGGGAGGCUAAGAUUUGACCAGCUAGGUCUGCGAGCCAGCCAGCUCAAGCUGCCCUACUACCGUCACUCCGUUGCUGGUGAUGAGGAGAGGUCCCCUGGCCGCUCCCCUCCUGACACGCCCACAACCCGCUCCGUCUCCUCCGAGUCAUCGAGUGACUCCGGCUCUGCAGGAAGCCCUAGCAGCGAUGCCGAUGCCAGCUCCGUCACUGUUCAGAGGAAGACAUCCGGUGGCGGAGGAGGAGAAGGGGUGGGGCUUGUCUCCGGGGGUUACCUGGGUAGCGAUGCCUUACAGAAACUGAAACUCCACUACCAUGUCAACAAGGCCAUAGCAAAGGGGGCAGAGUUACUGUUCCUGACGGUAACGCCGGAAGGCAAGCCUCCUGAGUGAGAUGUGCGGGAGUGACUCGAGGGAGAGCUACGGAGAGGUGGUCCAGCAGAUGGUGGUGGCCGCUGCCAGGCUCAGCCAGGAGGUGGGUAUGUUGGAGGAAGAUGUACUGGUGGACCAGAGUAGGAGGAAGAGAGAGAGGGACAGCGAGAAGAGUCGGGCAGACAUCGAGGCUGCCGUGAGAACCACACGGCUUGCUUGCCACAUGGCAUCAGGUCCCACAGCUCCAAGCAGUGCAGCCUCUAAGCUGAUGACAGCAGCCAACACACUGAAAGAAACCUGCUCGAGAACAGUUGCGAGUGCCCUGCGAACGGCAGGUCAGCACAGGAGGGCCCUGGAGCAGGCCCAGAGGAUGGAACAGGAGUUUGUGUCCCUCAUGACUGGUCAGAGGAGUGUGGACGGGAGCCUGGCCGCCGACAGUGACGACUGUGGGGAGGAGGAGACAGAGGGAGAGGAGUCAACCAGGAUGAGGAGAUAUUCUUCUAGUGCAAAACUAACUGCAGAUGUAAAUCCAACUGGUGUUCUGUUUGCAGAGAAACCAGCUUCACCUUCUGUGAGGAGAGGAUCUCAGAGUUCAUGGAGCCUGGUAAAGGAGGCUCCUGUGGUCUCCGGGGCAACGGCCCAGCAGCUGGUGACCUGGCUCACCUACCACAGAGCGAUUGAUGCUGAGUUUGCCGACACCUUCCUCCUCACCUUCUCCUCCUUCAUGACCUCUGAGCAACUCCUCACCUCGCUCAUUUCCAGGUUCAGUGUGACUCCACCACACCAGUUGAGCAAGAGGGAGAGAGAGGCCUUCCUGACUGACAUUCUCAUUCCUAUCAGACUCAGGGUGGUGCAUGGCCUCCAAGUUUGGAUCGCUGGGAGUUACGACGAUUUCAAAGAGGGCAACUCCACUCGUUCGCUGCUCAACAAGUUCCUCAAUACUGUUGAGAGUUUCCUCCCAGCCUGUUCCCAGCAGCUGAGGAGGACACUGGCGACCAACGUGAAGUCAGGCCCCUCCCACCUGCAUGCCAGUCCCACGGGGAAACCCCCCUCGUCCCUCAUUCCUCCAGACCUCACCUCGAGCCACGCCUCCAGCCACACCUCCUUUGACCUGCUGGACGUGAACAGUCUGGAGCUGGCACGACAACUGACCCUCACUUUCAGCUACAUCCUGAGGCAGAUCAGGCCCUGUGAGCUACUGAGCCUUGGCUGGCGGGAAGAAGGCACAGCUGGUCUCUGUCCAAACAUCUCUCUCUUCCAGUUCAUGUCCAGGAAGAUGAGUGGUCUUGUGGGGAGAGAGGUGGUGAGAGAGACAGUGGAUGAAGACAGGGCUUCCGUCAUCUCUUACUUCGUCGAGACUGCCAAGAGCUGCAGAGAGCUGAAGAACUUUGCCGGAGUAUUUGCCAUCACGGACGGCCUAUCACAGAGCUCAGUGGGAGAACAGGACCAGGCAUGGCAGCUGGUGACCGAUCAUCUACUGCGGGUCUAUCGGGACCUCCAGGCUCUGGUCUCCCCCGACAACAGUUACCAUAGAUACAGACACGACACGAGAGUGAUCCACCAGUCGCCCAUUGUCCCUCACCUCAGUAUCCUGCUGUCUGACAUGGAGGAGAUUGACAAGACACUCACUGACUACCUGCCACACUCACCAGAGAAAGUGGUGAAUUUCUCGAAGCGACGGGUGCAGGCCGGGCUGGUGAGGCAGCUACAGAGAUGGCAGAGCACUCCGUACAACCUCACUCCAGUCGACAUAAUGCAGAAGUACAUCAGAGAAUUGCCUGCUGACUCUCCACCAGACACAGAGGACGAGAGAUAGCGACUUUCAAACUUCAUACCUUGUAUAUAUAACCAGUCCGUGUUACACCCACUCAACCAGCAUCACUGAUUGGUCUGUCUUUGGUGUGUCUUUGUAAGCAAAUACACAUAGAUUUUAAAACUAUUAUUCUCAUGAGCUAUACUAUCCUCACUCAACCAAGCAUCACUUUAUUAGUUACUUUGUGUGUAGUCAUUUCUGUAUAAAGUUGUCUGUACACUUUUAAUGACCUAAUCUACAGACGACUGUGUACACCACCCGUCCAGAUAGACCCACACAUUAGUGGCAGAGAGAGAAAGAAGGAAGGGAGGGAGGGAGAGAGAGUUAGCGAGCAGUUUGUAAGCGUGGGCGGAGUGGUUCCUAGGAGUGGGCGGAGUCCCGAGACGGGUGUGGCUGUAGCAGUCGUUUGGCCUCGUAGUCCCAGUAUGUCUUCCUGAUGGUGUCCACCUUCUCCGCCAGCAGCCGACACAACUGCAGUCAACACCCACACAAACACACAGUGCAUGGAUGUGUGUAGAAGUCUGUCAGAUGAAGAUGAGUGAUUGCCAUGCAGUAUAAAAUGAUGCAAAACAACCUCACUAUGCAGCAGAGUAUUGAGUAGCGAGGCUGAUGUGGAUGCAUGCAAACGUAAGCUUGCCAUGGGCUAAGAAGUCAGAUACUUGCUUAAUGCUUAAAAUACCGAUCUUUGCCUAAUGAAACAGACUAGAGAUCCUUCCUACUUGUAUCUAUGCAUAGGUGUAAAUUGAUGGGUGAUUUACCUACCGAAGCUGGUGUAAUGGGUGAUGGGUGAUUUAUGCAUGUGUGUGUAGAUGUACAAAUAUAGGAAAGAAACUACACCAGUCUUGCCUAAUGAAACAGACUAGAGAUCCUUCCUACUUGUAUCUAUGCAUAGGUGUAAAUUGAUGGGUGAUUUACCUACCGAAGCUGGUGUAAUGGGUGAUGGGCAUGUGUGUGUGGAUGCACAAAUAUAGGAAAGAAACUACAUCAGUCUUGCCUGCCGAGACUAUAGAGGAAGGACAAACUUCCCCAGAG